AUGUCUGUUCAACAUUUUGAUAGUUUACAUGAUGAUUUAAUACACGAUGUUGCUUACGACUUUUAUGGAAAGCGACUUGUAACCUGUUCUUCCGACCAAAAACUUAAAGUAUGGGAAAUGAGCCCAGAUACGAACAAUUGGGAACAAAUUGAUUCUUGGAAAGCACAUGAAUGCUCCGUACUAAAAGUCGUUUGGGCUCACCCCGAGUUUGGUCAAGUAAUUGCUUCGUGCUCUUUCGACCGUUCCAUUCGCAUUUGGGAAGAACAAGAGCAUGAACCAAAGAAUAGCGGAAAACGUUGGUUUGAAAAAGCGCGUUUGGUGGAUAGUAGAGGAUCCGUUCAGGAUGUCGAGUUCGCUCCAAACUUCUGGGGAUUAAGAUUGGCUUCAAUUGCUGCAGAUGGUGUUCUUAGAAUAUAUGAAGCUCUUGAAGUAUCCAAUUUAGCACAUUGGACUUUAAUGGACGAAGUGAAUGUUCAUUUGUCUAGGAAUUCUAAUACAACCACUCUCAAAGAAGCAGAAGGAAAUUAUUGUCUAUCAUGGUGUCCGUCUCGUUAUCAAUCUCCAAUGAUCGUAAUAGUAUUGGAUGGUCAUCAAGAUUUAAUUCACGAUGUAGCUUGGGCUCCAAAUAUGGGAAGGAGUUAUCAUCUUAUCGCAACUGCUUCAAAAGAUCAUCGAGUCAGGAUUUAUAAAUUACUAGACAAUAAAGAUGGUUUCGCUAUCGAAUUAAUAUCGGAUCUCAACCACAAUACGGAGGUAUGGAAAGUCAAAUGGAAUGUAACGGGCACUAUCUUGUCUUCCGCUGGAGAUGACGGAAAAGUUCGUUUAUGGAAGGCUAGUAAUAAAAUUGAAAGUGAAGGUUUUAAAUGUAUGGGCAUCGUAUGUAAUGACCGACAAAGUAGUGAUACAAUGGAAACAUAA